AUGGCCGACCGCUACUCUUUCUCCCUCACCACCUUCUCGCCCAGCGGCAAGCUGGUCCAAAUAGAAUAUGCACUUAAUGCAGUGAACCAAGGCGUGACCAGCCUCGGCAUCAAAGCAGCCAACGGCAUCGUCCUCGCCACCGAAAAGAAGUCAAGCACGCCUCUCAUCGACUCCGCCUCCUCCUCCAAGAUCUCCCUCAUAACCCCGAACAUCGGCAUGGUCUAUUCCGGCAUGGGACCCGAUUACAGGGUGUUGGUGGAUAAAGCGCGAAAAGUCAGUCACACCGGCUACAAGAGAAUCUACAACGAAUACCCUCCCACCCGGAUACUAGUGCAAGACGUAGCGCGCGUGAUGCAGGAGGCGACGCAGAGCGGAGGUGUGCGACCGUAUGGUGUGAGUUUGCUCGUGGCAGGGUAUGACGAAGGGAUUGAGCCGGAAGAAGAGAAGAAGGCUGGAGGAGAAGGAGGCAUGGAUGUGGAUACCGAGAAGCAUAAAUCCGGCAAGACUGGCGGGAUUCUGAAAGGGGGACCGAGUCUCUACCAAGUCGAUCCUUCCGGGUCGUACUUUCCCUGGAAGGCCACCGCAAUUGGGAAGAGUGCGACGAGCGCCAAGACGUUCCUGGAGAAGCGGUAUACCGAGGGGUUGGAGCUGGAGGAUGCGGUGCACAUUGCGCUUUUGACGCUGAAGGAGACGAUUGAGGGGGAGAUGAAUGGUGACACGGUGGAGAUUGGCAUCGUCGGCCCACCAGCAGACGAUCUGCUCGGCUACGAGGGGGUGGCAGGCGCACAAGGUCCACGAUUCCGGACGCUGUCGCCGGCGGAGAUUGAGGACUACCUGACAAAUCUAUGA